AUGGAACGUCUCGACGCUCGCAUGAAAGCUCUUGCGGAACUGACAAGUUCCUCAAGAUGCACAUAUUCAAAGGACGAACAACAUCAAUCAAAUGAGUCUUGGCGCUCAUUACUACCUCCUCAUAAUGUCAUAAACAAAACUGAUAACAGGCCCGUUCAAAAACGCCACAGCAGCAUGCAAAGUUGGCAUGAUUAUUUAACCGAAGAUGUUGACGGAUCGCAGGAUAUCUUCUUGGGACCAAACGACUUGCAGGAUAUGUUGGGAUUCCUUGGUCACGAAGAUGACGAACGUUCUCGCUCCCCUAUAUUUGGCAAUAGAGCGGAUUUAUUCGUUCGGCGACCUUCGCCAUCUCUAUACUCUACCUCAGAAAAAUUGUGCGUUCGAAGUCCCAUCAGGAUCCCUAGUGAUUCUUCUAGCUCGCUGGGUAACUGCUACAGCUCCUUUGAUUCCGACCAAGGGAAGGACAGUCAUAAGCAAAACUAUUUAAAUGACAAUGCUGAUGUUUACGGGGUAUUAGAAGCAAAGAGGGUCAGUGAACCAGAACAAGAGUCCUCCCUACUGGGGAACGAUCGAGACAGCUGGCCUACAAGCUCCAGGCAAAGUAUGCACUUCCUCGGAGAUCGACAAAACUCUCACUCCAAUUCUCUCGCAAUUGAACCGCCUUCUCAUUUGAGCCUCAUGGAUAGAAGCCGGUCUGAUUCAAACGUAUUUUCUUCACUUCGCAACGAUGUCAACCAUGUUAACGGAUUGCCAUCGUUACAACCCACUGACCAUGAACCUCUGUGUAUUGAUACAACUAAUGUAUCCCCCCACUCGCACAAUGCAACAAAUUCGCACACUGUAAAUCACCACGAUCACCGCAUUACCUUAACUACGGCGCCUAACUCAUAUUGUGUUUGCUUUUAUAUGCCAGGUUUUAGCUUGGAUGGGAUCACCCUCACUAUGAAAGGUUUACAUCGUCGUAUCCUUCAUAUAUUGGCUAACAAAUGGGGAUCUGAGCAAUGGGAACACUUUGAAAGGCGGAUCGUUUUUGCUCAAGAUGCGCAGAUGUCUCUUAUUCGUGCGCGAUUUGAGAAUGAACAAUUGAUCAUCCAGGUCCCCCGCAAGUUUGUUCCCCCUCUCUCCUACGACCCCUCCGCGUCAGGCACUGAAAUGACCAGUGCUGACUGUUUGCUGAUUCCGCCAGAAGACAACCGUCGUGACAGCAUAAAAAGUGCACAAUUUUGA